CCACCACGGACUCCCCUCACGACCCCUGCAAAAUGUUCAUAGGUGGACUCAGCUGGCAAACAACACAAGAGGGUCUGAAGGAGUACUUCUGCAAGUACGGCGAGGUGAAGGAGUGUAUGGUGAUGCGAGAUCCGGUUACUAAGCGCUCGAGAGGGUUCGGAUUCGUCACCUUUGUCGAUCAGGCCGGCGUGGAUAAAGUUUUGGCCCAAACCAGGCACGAGUUGGACUCAAAAACAAUCGAUCCAAAGGUGGCAUUCCCUCGCAGAGCUCAGCCCAAGCUGGUGACUCGAACCAAGAAGAUCUUUGUUGGAGGCCUGUCAGUGAACACAACCAUCGAGGACGUCAAGCAGUACUUUGACCAGUUUGGGAAGGUCGACGACGCCAUGCUCAUGUUCGACAAGACCACCAACAGGCACAGAGGGUUCGGCUUUGUAACGUUCGAGAACGAGGAUGUGGUGGAGAAAGUCUGCGAGAUCCACUUCCAUGAGAUCAAUAACAAAAUGGUGGAGUGUAAGAAAGCUCAGCCCAAGGAGGUGAUGUCCCCCACUGGCUCGGCCAGGGGGCGCUCUCGGGUGAUGCCCUAUGGGAUGGACGCCUUCAUGCUGGGCAUCGGUAUGCUGGGUUACCCAGGCUUCCAGACUGCCACCUACACCAGUCGCAGCUAUGCCGGCAUCACUCCGGGAUACACCUACCAGUUCCCGGAGUUCCACUUAGAGAGGACUCCCCUUCUGACUUCACCCCACCCCCCUGAGCUCACAGCCAUUCCUCUCACAGCGUACGGACCAAUGGCAGCAGCAGCGGCGGCGGCAGCAGUAGUCAGAGGCUCCACUCCGUCUCGCUCAGCUGGAUUUUUAGGUACAAGCAGUCCAGGUCCGAUGGCGGAGCUUUAUGGAACAGCCAGUCAGGAGUCGGCCGUCAGCAGUUACCUCAGUGCUGCCAGCCCUGCCCCGAGCACUGGAUUCAGCCACAGUCUGGGGGGCCCUUUGAUUGCCACGGCCUUCACUAACGGCUAUCACUGAGAGCUGCAGAGCUGUAGACUGAGAGCUGGAAGGAGUUGAAGCUGCUUCGGAGCUGAUCUGGGCCCGUCUCUGUCCAGUCCACGUCUCCGGCUGGGGUGGCUGAACCUCCCACCCCCACCCCACCCAAACACCCCACCCUGGUGUCAGCCACAUCCGGUCGGCCCUACUGACACCUCACUAAACUCCACCUCGCUGGAAAAAAAGAAAAAUGUUGAAAAAAAAAAAAAAACGUCACAAAAGGAGUGAAAAAGUUUAUCACUACAUGUAAUAGCAACACGUUCAGAUGCUGUAUUUUUUUGUGUGUUUUAUUUUCUGUCAUGUUUCACCUCGCUGUUAUUUUUGUGAUGGCUGCGUUAUUUCAUGAUCUGUUUUGGCUGUGUUUUAUUGGGUCAUUCGACGUCUUGUAACCUGAUCUUUCUGAGAAGAGAGGAGUUAAAUCUCCAGGUGACGCCUGUUUGAAGGUCAGGAGUUGUAAUAUGUACUGGAAAACUGUAUAUUUGUCAGUAGUUCAUACUGAAUUUUAACAUUUGGGAUUAAUACUAUUUCUUGAAAAUGUGUCACAAAGUGUAUAUCUUGGUAGGUUUUUAAACAUUGACUUGUUACACUAAUAAUGGUCAGACCACAACGGUCAUUAGUCACAGUUAUGUAAUAGGCCUUCAUGAGGUGUACAGUUUUGUAAGAUAUUGUAAAUAUGACUGGUUUCUGGGUGGGAGGGUUCUGCUAAUUUUUGUUUCUGGGAGGUGGGAGGCUUUUGGACAAAUUGCUUCUUUCAUCAAACCUUAUGUGUUGGAAAGCUUGGUUGUUACGUAUGAUAGUGUCACACGGAGGUCAAGAACAUUUCGGCUUGUCUGUCUAUGUUAGACCAGCCAUAUACUGUAUUUCUCUCCAGGCGUUUAUAAAUAAUGAUGUGUCAUGUGAGUCUUUUAUCAAAUUCAGAAGCUGCCUCAGAGUUGAAACCCUCUGAGUUGAGCAGGAGAGAGGCUGGAUCAACACUACUUACUA